UGGAGCCCAGCAGUCUUACUUUGUAACAAGCGGUGCCUCUUGCUUUCUGCUUAGCACUAGAGAUCCUUCAUUACUGUCACUAUGAGCUGCGGUCAAAGGCACACAGUCUUAGCAGCUGGGAGAAGCAGCAGUGGCAGCUGUACUUUUGGUGGAGGAAGGGUUGCCUCUGUCUCCUCCGGACUACACACUUCUUGUGGGAUAGGCAAUGGGAGAGCUAACUCCUCUGGCCGGAGCCAUGUUGGAGGAGGUUCCACUUGUGCCUAUGGAGCAGGACGAAGCCACUGCUCAAGUGGCAGCUGCAGUGGGGGUUUUGUUAGUGGUGGCCAUCAUGGGGGAAGUGGUGGUUUGGCCGCCGGCUCCCACGUCGAGAACUCUGCUGCUAGAGGUGGUGUGGUUGGUGGUGGCCAUGUGGGUAUGGUUGGUGGCAUCCCUGCUGGAGUUGUAGCUGGUGCCCAUGCUGGCAUGGUAGGUGGCAUGGGUGGUGUAGUUGGAGGUGCUCACCCCGGUAUGGUUGGUGGUAUGGGUGGCAUGGUUGGGGGUGUCCCUGCUGGCAUGGUUGGCGGCAUGGGUGGUGUGAUUGGAGGUCAUGCUGGUAUGGUUGGUGGCAUGGGUGCCAUGGUUGCUGGUCCUGCUGCAGUUGGUGGAUUGGGUGCUGACCCUGUUUGUGGAGGUGUGUUCUCUAACUUUGAUGAGAAAAUGACCAUGCAGAACCUCAAUGACCGUCUGGCCAGUUACCUGGACAAGGUCCGAUGUCUGGAGGAGGAGAAUGCUGACCUUGAGUGCCGGAUUAGGGAAUUUUAUGCUAAGCAAGGCCCGCUCUGUGAACCAAAGGACUAUACCCAAUACCACCAACAAAUUGAAGAUCUUAAGAACCAGCUCAUUGGUACAAGUGUGGAGAACAACAAACGCCUUCUGUGCAUUGAUAACAGCAAGCUGACUGCUGAUGACUUCAGAACCAAGUAUGAGACGGAAUGCUGCCUCCGUCAGAAUGUAGAGGCCGAUAUCAAUGGCUUGAAUCAAAUCCUGGAUCAGCUGACAGUCUGCAGGUCUGACCUGGAAAUGCACUGUGAGAACCUGCAGGAUGAGCUCUGUUGUCUGAAGAAGAACCAUGAGGAGGAUAUAACCUGCCUGAAGAAGCAGUCAACCGGUGAUGUCAAUGUGGAAGUCAAUGCUUGCCCUGGACCAGAUCUGAAGAAGGUCCUGGAAGAGAUGAGGUGCAAGUACGAGGGAAUGAUUGAAAACAAUCGCAAGGAGGCUGAAACGUGGUAUGGAUCCAAGAUUGAGGAGGUGAAUCGUGACGUCUGCACCAGUAGCCAGGAGAUCGAAGACAGCAACAACAAGGUUACAGAACUGAGACGCCAACUGCAAGCCUUGCAGAUUGACUGCGAUGCCCAGUGCAGCCUGAGGGAUACCCUGGAAGCCUCCCUAGGGGAAACAGAGCAGCGCUACAACAGCCACUUGGCUGACCUUCAGGAGCGCAUUUCCUGCCUGGAGCAGCAGGUGGCACAGCUGCGGUCAGAAAUGGAGUGCCAGAACCAUGAAUACAUGGAGCUCCUUGAUGUCAAAAGCCGGCUGGAGCAGGAGAUUGCCACGUACCGCUGCUUGCUGGAGGGGGGACAGCAUGAUAUUGUUGGUGGAGCAGGAGCGGCUAGAGCCAGCAGCACAUCUGGUGGAAGAUCUGGUGAAGUCCGGACAUCCCACACUCACGUGACCCAUUCUGCAGGUCAUUCAUGCUAUGGAGGCCAUUCACAUCACUAGAUUACAGGAAAGGAGUACAGAAGAGAACUGCAGGAGAAUGGGCAGAAAGCACCCUACCUCCUGCCCCCAGAGAAGCAUUCCUAGUAGUUCAUCCAAGUUGCUGUUGGUCCAUCUGCACAAUGGUAUCCUUCAAAGCUGAUCAGAGGGCCCACGUCACUGUCUCCCAUGCUACUUUCCCAUUAUUCUGCAACAAAGCAUUCGCCCAGUCUCUGUUUCUUACCCAACAUGCACCAGUGCCGUGGUUAGCAACCCGCUGGCCACUGAAAACAAAAUAACUCCAAAAUAAAUCUCUGCUUUCCUCUUGAUGUCACCAAA